AUGAAUAUUUUGGAUGAAAAUGUCCUUAUCUGUUAAUUCUAAACUCAAGUUGAUUAGUUAUAUAGAUCAAUGAACUAAGAACUCUUAAUUAAUCUAUUCCAUCUUGCUAAUCAAACAGAAAAUGAGUUAACAUUAUAAAUUAUUGGAUCUCUUAUAGCUACAUACAUUGAUACAAAUCAUUAAGAAAUCACUUGUUUUGAAAAUAUCUAUCAAGGAGUCUUCUAAAUCAUUAGAAAAGUCAAUUCUACAUCUAAACCAGUUUAUCAUUUUUUAGGCUCAAUUUUAGCUACAAUAAUGUUUCAUUUUUAAGAUAAACUUCCAACUAAUUCUUUUAAUCUAUUUAUUCAAGAACUAUUAAAUAUUAAACCAAUAGCAGCAUUUGCUAUACUUGAAUCUGUAAUAAGAAGAUUAACACCAAAUCACAAAUUACAUAAAAUUGCUGUUAUUACUCUUGAUUCUUAACAUAGAGCUGUUAAAAAUUAUUUCUAUAAAAAUAACCUAGAAUUGUUAUUAAAUAGUAUUAUGCUUAUAUUAAAAAAUAAUUAUGUUGAUCUUAUAGAUAAAGCAAUUAGUUUAUUUAGUCUAAUUAUGGAAGGAGAAUUUAUUACAGAUACAAAAGAAAAAGAUUUUCACAAAUUAAGAAGAGCAGAUAUUAAAAAUAAUAAUUCAUUGCAAUGUCAACUCUCAAAAUUUAAUCCUUGUUUUAUAGAACCAGAAAUAUAACAAUUAAUGAUUGAAAAUUCUAAUAUAUAAUGGGUUGAUCCUACACGCUCUGACAUUAAAAGAUUAUGGACUAGUAUACUUGAUCCUGAAUUCAUUUAAUUACUACUUAAAUUAUUACCUUAAUGUAAUAUAUUAUGGAAUGUUCUUGGUAAAAUCUGUAAAAUAUUCAAAAAACAUUUCAAUAAAGAAUAAAGAGCUUUAGAUCUUAUUUUAUUCAUGACUCAAGAAGUUUAAAAACUUGAUAUUACACAAAUAGAUAUUAUCAAACUCUUCAAAUUCUCAUGUCGUACUAUCUAUGCUAAUACUAAUCAAGAUUGGCUUAUGUUCAAUAUGCAAUUAUUCUCCAAAGCUACUACCAUUGAAGGAUAAGUUCAAGUAUUUCGAUUCCUUAGGGAAAUUUGUAGAUUUUAUAGACAAGUACCCAAUUCUAAUAAGGAAUAUUUCAGUUAACUCUUUAUUCAAAUCAUUUACAAUUUCUUUAGCAAUUGGGUUUUAGCUAAAAAUGAAGUCUUACUCUUAGAAAAUCAAUAUUACUAAAACAUUAGAUAUAACAUUAAAGUCAUUACUUAAUUUAUAGAUAAAUAAUACUUUUAAUUCUUUUAAUAAUUCAUCGCUCAAAAUUUGAAUAAUCUUAAAUUUGUCAUUCAUGCAUUUGAUUUCUUAUUAUUAGGAUUCAAAAGUUUAGUCUAUUCUAUAAGUUAUUAAUUAGAUGUCAUUGUCAAAUUACGUCAUUACUAAUAUAUGGAUAGAUUUCUCUAUCCUUAUGAUCUUGAUACCUUUAAUUAAUUUAAUUAUUAAUCAUUUUUCAUUGAAUUAAUUGAUAUUCUUUGGAAAAUCAAUUCUCAUUUAUAGUCCAACGGAAUUUAAACUAAAUUUUACUAUUACCUAUGGUCAGCUUUAUUUGAUUCAGAUCUACUUAUCAAAUUUGAACCUAUUAUGCAAUAAAUACAAAUUGAAAGAAAACUCUUCUUCGACUUUGCACAUUUAUUAACAAUCUCAGAUACUAAUCUACUCAAAAAAUGUUUAAAAUUAAUAAGCAAUUCGAAAUUCAGAUUUGAAAGAGAUUUAAUCUAUAACAAUUAUACAUGCACAAUUAACAAUAUUAUGAUACCAAUUGAAUGUUUGAGUAUUUUUGACCACUUCUAAUUUAUUUAAGAUACAGAAUUAUAAGAACUAUAUUAUAGUAUUAAAUGUAGCAUUUAUAAUGCUUAAAAUGAAGCAUUUUAUAAUUCUGAAGACUGUGAUAAUUUACUUAAUAAAUUCUUAGUGGGUUUAAAUAGUUUAGUGACUAAUAUAUAAGACAUUUAAUCAAUUAUGUUUAUUUUCAAAAGUUUGUUAAAUACAAAUGGUAGAUUCUCUUAUAAAUAAAUUAUGACUAUGAUGUGGGAAUAAGAGAGAUUUAAUUAAUUUAAAUAAUUUUUAUCAUUAAAUCCAAUUUCUGAUACCUCUAUAACACUUUUAGUUUUCACCAGAAAAAUGGUAAGUAUGGAUUCUGUCAAAUCUUUACGUAGUGAAAUUGUUGACUAAAUUUAUGAAUGGAUCUAUAAUUUAUCACAUUAUUACAUAGAUUGGUUAACCAAAAAUAAUAAUGAUUUUAAUUAGGAAAGAUAACUUGGUGAAAAAAGUGAAAAAAAAAUAUACUAAGUUUAUUAUAGACCUAUAAGAAAAUUACUUAAAUUAUUUGUCAAUUUUAAAUUUAUGAGACAAUGUUUAACAAGUAAAGUAAAAGUCAAAGAACAAAUCCUCCAAUUAAUUUACAAACUCUUACAUCUUAUAAAUUUGAAUGAUCUUAAUGUUCUUAUCCAUAAAAUGGAACCAUUAUAUAGAGUUUGUGAAUGGCUGGUUGAAUCUGAAUUAACAAAUAACAGGAUGAAUCCGAAUGACUCACAUUUAAUACUUGAAUUUGCUAAUAAAGCUAUUAGAAUCUAAGAAAAAUAGACUUUUACUUUGGCAAUUAAAAUAUUUGAAAUAGCUAAAGAAAAACCAGAUAUCUUAAAUAAACAUUAUGUAUUUAUUUUAAAUAUAUUUAGGUACUUAUUCAAUUCAUUUUGGAGGAUUUGUUAAUAGCUGCUUAUAUAUAUAAUCAAAGAGUCUCAGAAAUUGGAAAAAUCUUAUAUAAUCAUUUAAAAAAGCAACCUAAUUUGUUUGACUCUCUUUUUGUAUCCAUUCAACAAAGAGUUUCACAACAAAAAUCACCUCUAUGGCAAUAACAAUUUAUACAAAAAGCAUCUAUUUUGAAAUAAUAGCUCUAUUAAAAGCAAGAUCAAUUUAAUGAUGCUUUUGUUCAAUUACAAAUGCUUUACAAUUAUCUAUAAUGA